CAAGUCACCCUCUAGAACUUUUAUUGGAUAGUGGAUAAGAUUUAAGAUGUUUUUUAUUCUUGUUAUUGGUGGGUCUAAAACGGCGGCGUGUUAACUGGCGUUUGGUAACUUAAACCUCAAAACGAAUAUAAAAAAAAAAAAAACAGAGAAAGGCGCGUGGGAAAUAUGAAAGGCUUAGAAAUGGUGGUGACGUCGUCUUUCUCUCAAACGCCGUCUAUCUUCUUCUUCUCCCUUGGAGCUGCUGAUCCUCAAGUUUCUUCUUCCAAUCUCCGUGGAAGCUUUACUAUUCCUUUGACUCCCUCUUCCUCUUCUCUACUAAAGGGACUAAGAAGACACCAAGAUGCAACAAGAUCCAGAGGUGGAGCAGUUCGAGUCCUAGCUAAUCCAAAUGCAUCUCCUCCUCCUGGAAAAGUAAAGGCCAAAAAAGAGGUAAUCAUGGUAGACCCUCUUGAGGCCAAGAGAUUAGCCGCCAAGCAAAUGGAAGAGAUCAAAGGCAGAGAGAGGCAACAGAGAAGGCGUGAAAUAGAGGCUAUUAACGGAGCCUGGGCAAUCAUAGGGCUCACCAUUGGCCUUAUAAUCGAAGCCCAAACGGGGAAGGGUAUCUUGGCUCAGUUGGUUGGUUAUUGGUCUUCGCUUCUGCAUCUAUUCACUCCGUCAACAUAGAAUCUCCCAACAGUACACAAUCAAACCUGACCAUUUGGUUUACUCUAUUUUCUAGUGAUGUUGUUCAUGUAAGUUCUUUAACAUUUUAUACUCCUCGGCUAUGUCUAUGUGCAGAUCCUAAGAAGGGUACACGAAUUAUAUACGUAAAAGAAAUGAAAUAAUGUUGCAGAAA